AUGUCCCACGAAGAUUUCCAAAGGUGGAUCAAUGAGGUGAUGUUGAAGAUCAUCGAGAAUCUUGAACCGGACGUCGAUAAAGUACGAUAUGAUCUAAGCGAAUCUACAGACAUUUUUAUUAUGUCCAACAUAUAUCGUGUACGUCUGCAGUUUAAGAACAAGAUAAACGGACGGAACGAAGAAUUGUCUAUGAUACUAAAAAGACCUAUGUCGGGCUUCAGUCAGCUAGCUCGUAUCGACCUUCAAUUUCACAACGAGAUCUUGUUCUAUCAGAUGUAUACCCGACCGGACGAGGUCUACGCGAAAUGCAUCUACGCCGAAGAACGACCGCCCAUCGACUCUGUAAUCGCCUUAGAAAAUGUCAACGGACGAGGAUAUUAUCCUUGUUCAUAUAUAUAUAAUCCUCCAUUAGAAUACACAUUAGCGGCGAUGCGCGAGUUGGGACGAUUUCAUGGCAAGGGAUAUGUCAUGAAGGAGACGCAACCAGAAAAAUUCUUCGACAUCGUGGCGCGAAUUCAAGAAGUUAGGUACACAAAGAGAGCGGAGAAUAUGUACGAGUUUUACGCCAACAUUCAGUCGGUACGCGCGGUGGAAUAUCUUCGCAGUCAAGGCCAUGAUACAGUUUUCUGCGAUAAGAUGGAAGCCUUACUUUCGAACGCGUUCGACGAAGUGAUGAUGAAGACGGUGCAGCCACUGGAACCGUUGGCCACGUUGUGUCACGGUGAUUUUACGUUGGACAAUAUUCUCUUCAAGACAUUGGACGGUGGACAAUACCGCUCGAUGUUUAUUGAUUUCGCGCUUAUCAAAUACUCGACGCCCGUCAUCGAUCUUUCCACGCAUCUUUUUCUAUGUUGUUCCAAUGAAAUAAGAAAAAACAAAUUUUCCGAGAUCAUGCGGGCCUACUAUGACGCGCUAAAGGAGUAUCUGUUAGACGCCGGCAUUCAGGACAUUGAGAAGUACUCGUACAACGCUUUGUUGGACGAUUUUAAAAGAGGUGCUCUCUACGGUUUCGUUCUUAUGUCCACUUUUAUAUAUGUAUUAUUGGGACAUCUCAGUCCAGAAACUUUAGUACAAGAAAUAUUAGAUUUAGGGCCUUUGGAAAGUGCAAAGAAGCAGAAAUACGCCGGCGGAGACGAAGUAUCCAAAAUACUAGCUGAUGCGUUGCUGCAUCUGAGAGAUCGUGGCUGUUUGAAACAUUAUUUAUAAUCGCUCGAGAUAAUUUGGAUUUAAAAUAUAAUCUGUAUUGAUUAAAAAACAACAUACAAAUAAUAAUUAAUAAUAAAUAGUCUUUUAGUUAUGGUUCAUCAAAAGUGCAAAACUCGUUCUCUAUAAUGUAUACUGUCCAACUAAUGUUAUUUUAUAUUUUUUACAUAGUCCAAUCUAAUUUAAUAUAUAGCAUUCGUGUGAAAUUUGUUUAAAAAUUUAAUUGAGAGAAGCUUAAAACAGGCUUAGUAAUUAUUGCGCGAUAACAAGGAAACCUCAGUAGCAAUUGGGAGUGCAACUACAUAGAUUGCGUACCAGAACAGAGCUUAAAUCUCGUCAAUGCGACUGACAAUGGGCCGCACCGAUUAAUUUGACAACAUAAAAGCAUAGUAUAGGUAUGUUCAUGUGUAACACACACACUCACGCACACAUACGCAUAUACACAUUUUUCUUACACAAUAUGAUUUAACUUUAAAUAUUUUUGAAUAUUUGUAUAAUUACACUAGUUUACAAAAAAAAUGUUUUUUUUUAUUAGUUUGAACCGGACUGCGAGUUUCUUAUAGAUUUUUUGAUGCUGAAAAACAAUGCCGUGACACAUUUCUUCAUCACAUCAGGUUUUUAAGAUAAUUAAGGUUUAAUAUCCAAAAAAUGGCUCUUUCGGCAAUAUUUGACAUUUUUUGUAAAAUAGAUUAACGGUAUCUUGAAAUUUCAAUUAGAAGUCAUAAACGUAUACGUAUUGAUUAUUCCCUAUAAAAUGUAAUUUUUUUAUUUCAAUAUCUUAUUUUUUAAUCAUUAUGAGAGAUUUAAAUUAGGAGCUAUUUCCAAUAUGGAGACACUGAGACAGCAUCACAUACAUGCGUGAUCGGCAGCUAUUUUAUCAUUAUUUGUUUCUUUUUAGAUCAUUUCUCUUUCAGACAAUUUUUGUUUAAAACAUUUAU